AUGCCACCAGUGGUAUCUCAAGCCACUUCAUUUCACCGUGAUGAAUUGGUGUAUGCAAGCGUGUAUGGGGAUAACGUUGCGAUAGGAGUACUUCAGCAGCAACUUCCUGUCUCACCAAUGUUAACGGGUGUGCAAAGAAUCCCUGAAGAUCUCUUGCGCUGCUGUCAACCUUCAACCACCACAUUGGGCAAACAUAACUAG